UUUGCACAAAAUUAUCAGAGAGUUUCUUUUUUGAAGUUCAUACAUAUAAAAUAUACAAAUAAUUCACACUUAUAAUUGUAUGUAUGUAUUCGUUAUAACGUAUAUACAAUGCACAGAACGUAAAAAAAUACAAAAAAGCGUUUCAGAACUUCAAAGAUAUUAUUUAGAUCAACAUAACCUGUAAUGCUAUGCGACCACAUAGAUUACAAUGCUAUAGACCACAUAGAUAGACAAAAAAAUUAAAGGUAAUGACAACAAUAACAGUUAUACUCAAUUAUAAUGUAACUAUUUUGUCAUUUACACUUACAAAUCAAAAAUAAGGAAUUAAGUUUUUACAUUUAAAGUGUAGAAUAAAUAAUGAACGCAAUUUAUUUUACUUGGAAUUUAUUUUAUAUGGAAAACAUAACACUUCUCAAUUCACCACUCAUAUAUACUUGUAUGUACAUAUAAUAAGUUUUUUUGCUUUUAAACGAUGCAAUUGGAUAUUAAAUUUAUCGACUUUUUAAAAGAUGAUAAGUAAUCAAGUACCAGAUUUUUUUAAGGUCAACUAAAACAAACGUUUACUUUAAAAACACACGAUAAUUUUUCAAAAUAAUUUAUAAAACUUUUGCUGCAAUGGAUACAGACUCGGAUGAUUCGGAAAGAUGGGAAGAUUUCUUUGGGAGCACAACUGAUUUAACGCCAUCUAUACUUGGAUUUUAUGACACAUUAAAUAAAAAUAUAGGUUCAGAUUUCAAUACGCUACCAUCUUCAUCAUUAAUUACCACAAAGUUGCAGUCACAUUCUCCCGUAACCACAUCAAAUAUAAAGCUAUUAAAAAAUUGCGUCGCCAAAACUUCGACAAAAGAGCUAGACGAAACGACAACACGACAAGCAGUUAUUGUAACGACAAAUUCAAUCAGUAAUACAAGUAAUUUGCAUAAUAGCUCGCCAAACGCAUUUUUUAAUGAUGAAUUUAGUUGUAUAAAAUCUUCUAAAACUAAUAUAUUGGAUUCAUCAGCCUUGAAAUUAAAUACUACUUUUAUACAUUCACACAAACAAUAUAGAUCAUUUAAAGCUUUAUCGCCUAAUGUCCAAAGAAUAAUAUCACAUUCAAAUACCGUUAUUGAAACAGAUAAUAGUUUAGUCGACAGUAAUAAUAGCGACACGGAACGUACAUCCUCCCCAGUGAAUUCUAAUUGUAUGCGAUUACCAAAACGAAUUUUAGGUAAACAAAAAGUUUCUUGGAUUCCUUUGACAAAAAAAACAUCUAAACUUAGCAAGGCUGGAACGGAUCUAGAUAAAAAUUCAAGCCCUAAUUUUCCACAACAGUAUUUGCAGACUCAAACAUUUGACACAGAUCUCUCAUUGUCAAAUUCAGUUCGAGACUUAAUAAAUUCCUAUGAAUUUAGCACUAUUUCCCAUAAAAAGCCAACCAAUGCAAACUAUAAUAAAUUUGAUUUUCAGACUUCAAACUACAGUCAAUGUGAUAGAGCAAAAGAUAUUUUUGAAAAUGAAGCAAAUAUACCAAAUGAUAUAUUAAUUAGUACACCAUUAAUAUUGGAUUCAGAUAAAAGCACUACCGCAAAAAUUGAAGUGUCCCGAACAAUAAGAAGUAAUUAUAAUAUAAACGAAAAUUUAAAACAUGAAAUGGACAAUGCAAUGCAGUUGCCCUUUACAGAAAUCGAUAAUAAAAAUUUACAAAUUAAUAAAAGUCCCCUUCAAUUUCAACGAUCAAUCAAACAAAAUUUGCCAAAAUUAACUUAUGCAAAAGUAAAAAUGCUUGAUAACAAGUCAUCAGUGCAAUUUGAAAAUUCUAAUGAUUUAGCAGAUCCCGGAAUUUUAAUAAAACAUGGCAAUUAUAAUACAAAUAAUUCGAAUGAUAAAAAUAACAUUAAGUCAACAAAUUUACUGCCAAUUAAAUCGCAACAACAAAUAGAAUCAAAACAAAAAAGUCGAGAUUCAACAAAAGUUAAUAAAUUAUUAGCAGACACUGAAAAUUUAAAAUGCCGCCCACUUUCAUCAGUUUCAAUAUGUUCAACAUCAUCAAGCACAUCAAGUUCAACAACAGGAUCGUCAACAUCAGCAAAUGAAAACCAUAUCACUGAGAAAUCAUCUGAAGUGACUUCAUAUUUAGCUAGUGUUGAAAGUCUAGCAGAUCAUAGUGAAGGUGAAUUUAAUUCAUCUCUGGCAAGUUCUAAUAAUACAUUAAGUGUAUUAGAAAGAUCAUGUUUGGAAGUCAUCGAUUCGGAACGCAGUUACGUAGAAGAUUUACGACAAGUUAUUCAAGGAUAUUUGUUCAAUUGGCGAGAAAAGGAACGACUAAAUCCCGAAGAAAUACAAGUAUUAUUCAGCAAUAUAGAGAGCAUUUAUGAAUUCAAUACGGAACUUUUAGAUAGACUUAUCGAUGCAGGAAUGGAUCAAACAAAAAUUUCAAAGUGUUUUAUUGAUUUAAAUCAAAAAUUUGAAGUAUACACAAUUUAUUGCACAAGUUAUCCUGCAGCAAUAUCACUGUUAACAAGUCUUUUACAAGCAUCGCAAACAAAUGCCUUAUUAACAUCAACACAGAAGCAAUUGCAACAUACAUUGCCGCUUGGGUCAUAUUUACUAAAACCAGUUCAAAGGAUUUUAAAAUAUCACUUACUUUUAGGCAACGUUCGGAAAUAUUGCGACAAUCCAGAAACAACAAAAGCACAUGAAAUUAUGAAAGAAGUUGCAAGAAAUAUCGAUCAAGUUAAAAGAAAACUAGAACAACAGAAUCGUGUUAAAGAAUUAUCGGGGAUUUUAGAUGGUUGGUUAGGACCAGAACUAACAGUAUUGGGUGAACUACGUUUGGAGGGUUCAUUGAUGGAAAAUGGUAAACGUCGAAUGAUCUUUUUAUUUGAAACAAUGUUAAUUAUAACUAAGCCUAAAGAAGACAAUCGCUUGCAAUUUAAAUCUUACAUUUACCGUAAUAAUUUAAUGUUGACUGAACAUUUGCCAGGUGAACCUACUAGCUUUAAUGUGAUUCCAUAUGAUGAACCAAGACAUUUAACAAAAUUAACUGCCAGAAAUCGUGAUGAGAAAAAAUUGUGGGCACAAAACAUUAAGAGUGUAAUAAUUGAAAAUCUAGAUAUACCAAACAGAGCUAAAGAAUUAGUUUUUAAAUUGGGGGAUGAAGAAGACCGAACACCAGAUAAAAAUGCUAGAAAAUGGACCCUCAAUACUUCAACACCUACACCAGUAUACCUUGAACGUCGUAAUCAAUACCGUCGCAGCGAAAUAAGAAAUAGAUCGAAAAUGAAACGUAAAACUGUUACAAACUCAUCUUCAUUUGAUAUCCUUAAUAAUAUUAAGCCAAAAUUAUUAGAAUCUAAUAGAAGUAUUGAUGAUAAUUUUAUAAUAUCUUUAUCAAAUAGAGCUUUCAAUCUUAAUUUGAAUGAGACUGGAGAAAAUUUGCACAUAAUGUAUAAUGACGAUGAAUGUAAUAACAAUUAUCAGUAUAUUGAUAAAAGUGAUAAUAAUUUCAGGAAUGUUGUAGAUUGUAAGGAUAGUAAUAAUGAUGGAAUCAAAAUAAAAUUAAAUUAUACCAAAGAUAGUAAGAGUUCGAAGCAUAUAUCAAAUUUAGCUAAAAGUGAUAACGAAAAUAUAAGUUGUCAUGAAAAACCUAUGAAAUCAAAUAAAAAGGUUGAAGUUAAAAUGUACAAUACAAAAACUAUUCCGAAACGUAUCGCUACAAUAAAAAAAAAUCGUGCUAAUAAAAAGGAAACUGCAACAUUUUACAUGGAUAUUGCAGAAUUUAACAAUACUGUUUUGAAAAUAACUGAGUCAUCAGAAAAUUUAUUUGAGGUGUCAAAAGACAUUACAGGUUCUGAUCUUCAUGAAAAAGCAAAUGAAUCUGAAAACAAAGAAUUUUUAGUGCCAUAUCAGGAAUCACAAGCUGUACAAAAUUAUAAUGAUAACAAUGAGAAUUCUGAAAAAAUACUUAGUGAAAUAAGUGUAAAAAAAGAUGCUGAAAUAAUUGUAGCUUUAAUAAAAGGAAGCAAAGAUUUCGAAAAAAUUUUAAAUAAAUCGCCACGCAAAAAAUCAAUAGAUAAUGGUCGGUCUUUAAUAAGUUCAGAUUUGAGAAAAUCAAUUUUAACGACACCACCACCACCCCCCCCUACCUCUUCUUCUCCACCGUUUGAAGUUGAAAAACAUUUAACGCAGAGACAAAUUUUUAAUCCAGAACCAGCUGAAGAACCGGUUUAUGAGACCUUAUUGCGAAAUGUUCACGUUCCUUAUAAAUUUUCGCCAGUUUUAAACCGUUCGAAGUCUCAGCAAUAUUAUAGACCAAACAAAAACAAAAAUAAGCUAAACCAAAGACCGGAAUCUGAUUAUGUCACUUUGGUAUAUGACAAAUCUAAUAGUUUAGAAAACACACUAAUUAAUGAAAUUAAAAUUGGUGAUGCAUUACGAAAUAGUGACUCAAGAAUUAAUUAUCAAACUUUAACAAAAUGUGAAAAUACGUCAACCUCUACAAAAAAAAAAAAUGUUUCGCAAGGAAAUUUUAUGGAAACGAUAUGUAGUGUUCCAAUUAAAAACCAAAUUGAUGUGGUAUUACCAGAAAAUCAAAAGUCACUAAUUCAAAAAUUGAAACCAGCAACAGAUUCGUCAUUCUUACCGCGAAUGAUUAAAAGUGUGGAUAAUAUUAAUCAAGCUUUUAAAAAAAAGCCACCGGAACGUAGAGUUUCAGAUGUCAGCGAAAUGUGCCGUCGUCAAAAUAUUCAUAAUAGAGUUGGUGAACGAAUGGCUCAUCUGGACUAUGCAGAUCCCAAAACUAUAUUUCAAUCAUGUUCAAUUAUCAAUUCUGUAAUUUCUUUAAGCAAUCAUCAACGAGAUUCGGUGUUUUCUCUUUCUUCAUCAAGUGAUAGCGUGUCAACUGGAGCUAAAACAACCUUAGCAGCACAAAAACAUUCAAUACAUGACAAUAACGAUCAAAAAUUAAAAACACAUACAGAACAGUUUUCAACAGAUUUUACUUACGAAGACUGUGUUGAAAACUGCCUGGAAAAUGAAUUUCGAGAUUCAGCUAUAUUCAGUGAUGAUAAUAUUGAAAGACGUCAAGAAAAUCAUUUUGAAUUUUACAGUACAGUCAACACACCUUUAUUAAAAAAGACUUCAUUUUUACAUAAUAAUCUUAGUUGCAAGCAAAACAAUAAUAAAAAUAAUAGUAACAUGGUCAAUUUGAAAUCACCAAAUAAUAUCAAUUGUAAAUGUAACUGUCAAUUGGCACUACAGCCAAAACGAAUAAUUUCUAAAUCGAGUUCAAAUCCCGGAAAUAUUUCAAACUUAAUCAAUAAUAGCAAAAAAGAUAUUAAAACUAAUAAAAGUUGGGUAUUUCAGCAAAUUUCCAAUUUUAAUAAAUAAGAUAUACAUAAAAUAUAAAUAAUUUGGGUUUUUAAAGCAAUAAAAAUAUGCGUAUUAAAUAAGAGUACAUUGUGUAUAUGUACGUAGGUAUAUAAAAAUGAUCAAUUCUUUGCAAUUCUUUGUAAUAAUGAGAUAAUUGGUUUAAUUAGAAAUAACUUGAGAAACGAUUUUUUGCAAAUAUGUAUUCAUAAAC